AUGGCUGCUCCCGUCGUCCCGCAGGCCCGGCGCAGAGCUGGGGUUGCCCCGCUGGCCGGCGCGCGGGUCCGCUCGGCCGAGGACUGGUGGUGGGAUCGGCUGGCGCCGAGCGGCUCCGGGUGCCACCUGCUGCAGUCGGACAGCAUGCUACUGGUGCUGCCCGGCCCAGGGCCCGCCCGCGCCCGUACGAAAAGGCGAGUCGCCCGCCGCGCUCAGCGGCAGCCGCUCCCGGGCCCUCGCGCCGCAGCUGCAAAGCCCAAGGCCACGCCCCGGCCGGAGCCGGCGCCCGCGCCCGAGCAGGGGCCCGACGCUGGCUGGGGAGACCGCAUUCCCUUGGAAAUCCUGGUGCAGAUUUUCGGGCUGCUGGUGGCGGCCGAUGGGCCCAUGCCCUUCCUGGGCAGGGCUGCGCGCGUGUGCCGCCGCUGGCAGGAGGCCGCUUCCCAACCCGCGCUCUGGCACACCGUGACCCUGUCGCCCCCGCUGGCUAGCCGCCCUGCCAAGGGUGGAGUCAAGGCAGAGAAGAAGCUCCUUGCUUCCCUGGAGUGGCUUAUGCCCAAUCGGUUCUCACAGCUCCAGAGGCUGACUCUCAUCCACUGGAAGUCUCAGGUACACCCCGUGUUGCAGCUUGUAGGUGAGUCCUGUCCUCGGCUUGCUUUCCUCAAGCUUUCAGACUGCCAUGGUGUGACCACUGAUGCUCUGGUCAUGCUAGCCAAAGCCUGCCGUCAGCUCCACAGCCUGGACCUACAGCACUCUAUGGUGGAGUCCACAGCCGUGGUGAGUUUUUUGGAGGAGGCAGGGCCCCGAAUGCGCAAGCUAUGGCUGACCUACAGCUCCCAGACUACAGCCAUCUUAGGCGCACUGAUGAGCAGCUGCUGCCCUCAGCUCCAGGUCCUGGAGGUGAGCACUGGCAUCAAUCGCAAUAGCACUCCCCUCCAGCUGCCUGUUGAAGCUCUGCAGAAAGGCUGCCCCCAGCUGCAGGUGCUGCGGCUGCUGAACCUCACAUGGCUGCCCAAGCCUUCCGGGCGAGGGGUGGCUCUCGGACCAGGCUUCCCCAGCCUUGAGGAGCUCUGCCUGGCCAGCUCCACCUGCAACUUUGUGAGCAAUGAGGUCCUGGGCCGCCUGCUCCACAGUUCCCCCAACCUGCGCCUGCUGGAUCUUCGAGGCUGUGCCCGUAUCACGCCUGCUGGCCUGCACAAUCUCCCAUGUCAGGAGCUGGAGCAGCUUCACCUGGGCCUGUAUGGCAUGUCGGACCGGCUGACUCUAACAAAGGAGGGCAGUCCCCUGUUGACCCAGAAGUGGUACCACACCCUGCGGGAAUUGGACUUGAGUGGCCAGGGAUUCAGUGAGAAGGACUUGGAGCAGGCCCUCGCUGCCUUUUCAGGCACCUGUGGGGGCUCACAUCCAGCCCUGUGCUCCCUUAACCUCAGGGGUACCCGCGUCACACCAAGUACGGUCAGCUCUGUGGUCAGCAGCUGUCCAAGCCUGCUGUACCUCAACCUGGAGUCCUGCCGCUGCCUUCCCAGGGGCCUGAAGCGGGCCUACCGGGGCCUUGAGGAAGUCCAGUGGUGUCUGGAGCAGCUGCUCAUCACUUCUCCCUCCCCCAACUAAGCAGCUACAGGCCUCAGAGGCCUCAACCAGCCUGCUCCACCCUGUAUGCUUCCCCAGUUUUGAAUAUUUGAGCAUUUUGUUACAAUAAAACGUUUUUUUAGGA